GACUGGAGUGUUCAGUUGUUUGUUUAUAUAAAAUGCACAAUUGAAAAGCGAAAUUACAUUUACUCUCUGCAGAUCGGCGAAUUUGAAAGCGUUGUGAGAUUGUUGGUACUAAAUAGUUAGACAUGGACGAAGAAGACAAAUAUGAAGAUCCGAUCGAAAGACGAAAUUUGCGUUUCGAAUAUCGACAGCUGAUAACUGACACUGAACAGAAAAGAGAUGAGCAUGUGCUGCCUGAAUCAGAUGGUCUAAAUCAAGUCUUGGAUGAAGGAAAUGAGUUGUUUAAGAAAGUUCGCAGAACAAGGGAGGCUGCUUUAGAUGCCCAAUUACUUGUUUUGGUAUCGAAUCUGGGUUACGAACGAGCGCAGCACUUGCAGACCGGUAUUGUCACAUUUGAGCCACGGACAUUUGCAGAGAAACUGAUAACAUUUAUGGGUGGCCGUCGUGUUGAUGAGUCAGAUGAGGAGGGCAAUGCAGAGGAUGUCAGGCUUGAAUCUCUGCAUUGGAAUACAAUUGGACAGAUUGCAGAAAAGUCAUUUCGCAGAACGGCAGCAAUUGAAUUCAUGCAUGGCCCUGUCUCAAUGGAUGCUCCAAAGAAGAAAGUAAAAAAUGUGAAAGACAAGAGUGGCGACAAACCAGGUGCAGCUGCCAAAAUCACACCCCAACAGCUGGUUAAAGUCGACGAUAACAAUGAGGAGUCAACGACUAAAGAAGUCCAAAGGGUGUAUGAAGCAUUGGCAAAUGUCACUGAACCAGGAGAUGAUGAAGAACCCAAAUCAGUGUCUUUCUUCAAGUUUGUCACAAACCCGGAUUCAUUCAGUCAAACUGUGGAGAACAUAUUUCACUUGUCUUUCCUAAUCAAUAAAGGAAAUGCUGCCAUUGAAAUGGACGAAAAUGGUCUCCCUAUCGUAUAUCUCGCAGAUCCGUAUUCAGAGAAAGAUUAUGGUAAUGAAGUUAUCAAACGAAAUCAAGUCGUUAUGCCGUUCACAAUGGAGGAUUGGCGGAACAUUGUCAGCACGUUUAAGAUAAAAAAACCCGUCAUUCCAACUCGGAAAACAACACAACAAAAUUCAACGCAAGAUAGCUGUAUGGAAGAAGACUGAUCCAGCAAGACUCUCGCACUUUGGGCAUUAUCUAAACCUAUAUUAUAGAUGUGUUUAGAAGAAAACUACCGUUCUUCAAGGCUAUAUUUUAGCGCAAGUUGAAUGAAUUUUGAUUAGCCGAACGAAUCCGGUUGUAUCCUGUUGUGGCGAAGUUGUUGCAAAAAACGGACUCAAAGACCUUGCAAACAGUUUUCAAAGCUAACAUGUAUUAUCCAUACCAUGCAGGAUUAUACGAAAUAUUGUAAAGUAUUUGUUUACGAAAAGUUUUGUUUCGUCUCGAAACAGAGAACGAUGUUUUGCACAUUAUUAAAGUUCAUAAUGUUAACCUAAUAAUAUAGUUCUCAAAGUUAACAAGUAUUAUCUACCAAGAUUAUACGAAAAAAGGACAAAAAGAAUCUGAAAGUAUUUUAAAAGUAUUUGUACAAAACGUUUUGUUUCGUCUCGAGAACAGAGAACGAUGUUUUGCACAUUUGUGAUCAUAUUUUUACCGCGGCUUAAUAAAAAAGUAUGCUUAAUAAAAAAAUAUGUUGUUGCAGUGGAUGUGUACAACUUAAAGCUUCUCCGGAUCAAGUAACGUCAUGGCUGUCAAAUUGUGUAAUUUGCCAAAGUGAAACGUUGUCAGAACUGCUUUUUUUGGUUUUGUCAACUAGUUUGCCGGCAGAAAGUUUGCAUAUU